CUGUCAAUAACUGCCCGGAGAGAAAGGGAAUGGGACGCUAUCAUUGAAAUGCAUGGCGAACAGUUUGUUGACAGACCAUCGUUUGGACGAUUGACCAUAGUCAUUAUUUUAUUCCGUAAGCUACUAACUUCACCGAUUGUGACUCGUAUCUAUAAUUCAAAAACGUUAAAGCAUGGAGAGGAAAGUUGUGGCCGCUCUCUAGUGUCAGAAGUUAGCUAGCAGCCAAGCUAGCUAGCCCACUUAGCCUGGCUGUACAGUCACCUGAUCUGACAAGCUACUGAUAGCAUCAGUCUUUUUGGUGGCGGAGUUUGGUCCGCAGUGGUUCCCUCGUCCUCCAGCGGGGUGUUGUUAUUGGUGAAGUGAGGACAGUUCAGCUCGUCCAGAUAUCUUGUCAUGGAGGACCCAUUUGACAGUGAGCGAGCGUCCCUGCCCAGGAACAUGAUAGAGAACAGUAUGUUUGAGGAGGAACCUGACGUGGUGGACCUGGCCAAAGACUCUACAGCCUUCCCGGAGUUCCCGGCGUUGGACCCAGAUGAGGUGGUGUAUGAGCCCCGUAGCUCCCGUCUGCUGGUGCGAGGUCUGGGAGAGAACGACCUGGACGAUGAGGAGGAGGACUAUGAGUCGUCAGCCCGUCUACUGGGCAUGUCCUUCAUGAACAGAAGCUCCACCCGCAGUCCUAGCGCCUCCCCUUACAUCAGACAGGCUCCACCCAGGUCAUGUUCCCGCCCCUCUGCCCGUAUGCUGGUGGUGGGCGUGUUCAUCUUGGUACUGGUCACGUCCAUGGCGAUGGUUCUCUAUUUCCUGCCUGGCUGUACCUUCACUAAGACUGGCUGUCCUAAGGCUAACUCCUCCACUCCUAUGGAGCUGGUCUAUCCUAAAAGCACCAAUGGGGAGCUGUUUCCUUGGAAUGAGCUCCGCCUCCCAGCCAGUGUACGACCUGUAAACUACGACCUCUCCCUGACCCCUAACCUGACUUCCAUGACCUUCACCGGCCGCACCAUCAUCAACAUGAUUAUACAACACAACACCAAGCGUGUUGUUUUGCACAGCUCCGAGAUCAAUAUCAUCAAGGCAACCUUUCAGGUUGGAGAGGGUAAGAGUGUUGAGGUGAAGGUGUUGGAGUAUAAACCAUGGCAGCAGAUAGCUGUCAGCUUCCCAGGGGAUCUGAAGGAAGGCCAGGUGUGUGUGUUAACAUUGGACUACACAGCCAACCUUUCACACACCUACGACGGCUUCUAUAACAGCUCCUACAAUGACAAGACUGGAGCCAAGAGGGUCCUAGCUGCCACACAGUUUGAGCCUCAGGCAGCCAGAAAGGCCUUCCCCUGUUUUGACGAGCCGGCCUUUAAAGCCACUUUCCUGGUCAGGAUCACCAGAGAACCUGAAUACAUCGCUCUGUCCAACAUGCCCAAGGCUAAGACGACUACAUUACCCAGCGGCAUGCUGGAGGAUGAGUUUGAGCAGACUAGUGUUAAUAUGAGCACCUACCUGGUGGCCUUCAUUGUAGCCAACUUCACCAGCAUCACUAGAAAUGUGUCCAAUACACUGGUGUCGGUGUACUCUGUGCCAGAGAAGAAGGAACACACACAAUAUGCUCUGGACACCGCGUCCAGGUUGCUGCAGUUCUACAAUACUGUAUUUGACAUCGACUACCCUCUGAGGAAACUGGACCUGGUUGCUAUCCCAGACUUCCUGGCGGGAGCGAUGGAGAACUGGGGUCUGAUCACCUUCAGAGAGACCAGCCUUUUGGUACAAAACCAGUCCUCUCUUCUCGACAAACAACUAAUCGCUAACGUCGUAGCCCACGAACUCGCUCACCAGUGGUUUGGGAACCUGGUGACGAUGCGCUGGUGGAAUGACCUGUGGCUCAGCGAGGGCUUCGCCACCUACUGGCAGUACGCAUCUCUAAUGACAGAGUUCCCACAGCUGUACCUAGGCAAUGUGUUCCUGGAGGAGCGGUUCAAGGCGAUGGCCAAAGAUUCUCUGAACUCCUCCCACCCAGUCUCAGUGUCGGCCCAGGUGAACACACCUGAACAGGUGUCUGAGAUGUUUGACUCGAUCACCUAUGAGAAGGGUGCGUCCCUCCUGCUGAUGUUGAACUCCACCCUGCCAGACGGUCAGUUCAGGAAAGGUCUCCUCGAGUACCUGCGUCAAUACAGAGGAUCUAACACUGUUACUGAUGACCUCUGGAACAGCAUCACACGGGUAGCAGUGGUCCAAGUGCUUCCCCAGCAGGAGAGUGUGUCAGACAUGAUGAGAACAUGGACACUGCAGAAAGGCUUCCCAUUGGUUACCGUCAGCCGCAAGGGUGGUGAGGUGACCCUCACACAGGAACACUUCCUGCUCUCCACAGACAACACCACACACACCUCCAGCCUGUGGCACAUUCCUGUGACAUACGUGAAUGACAGCUGUAGCUCCGCCCCUUCCUGCAGACAGAUGUUCACUCUGAGGAAUAAGACCGCGACUCUGAAGGUGUCAGAGAGUGUUAAGUGGCUGAAGUUGAACUACAUGAACACAGGCUUCUAUAUAGUUCACUAUGGAGACGAGGGCUGGGCAGCUCUCAUAGACGCUCUAAAGACUGACGUCAGCACACUCACACCCCACGACCGCGCUUCGCUCAUACACAACAUCUUCUCCCUGUCCAGGCUGGGUCGUGUGUCCUUCCGUCAGGUUCUCAGCCUGUUGGACUAUACUACCAAUGAGACUGAGACUGCUCCUCUGACAGAGGCCCUAUCACAGCUCAGCUCUGUCUACAGACUACUGGACAAGAGACCGGAGCUAGGACUGGUGGCCCGCAUGAAGGCGUACAUCUUGGGUCAUUUUGGCCCUCUGAUGGACAGUCAGGACUGGGGAGUGGAGGAGAGCGUCUCCAGUCAGGAGCGGAGGUCAGCCCUUCUAGAGGUGGCAUGUAGUCUUGGACGGCAGAACUGUACUGACCAGGCCACGGCCCUCUACGAACAGUGGACCAACUCCAACCAAACCAAUCGCAUCCCAGGUGAUCUUCAGCGAGCAGUGUUUUCUGUAGCAGCCCAGUCUGACUCUGGUUGGCUGUCUCUGCUGGACACCUACAGACUCACCACUUAUGACUCGGAGAAACGCAAGAUACUGCAGGCCCUCGCCUCCACACAGGACCCACGACGCAUCGUAUGGAUUCUGAAUACGGUGCUCGAGGGAGGGAUUAUCCACACCCAGGAGCUGCCACUGGUCAUCAGCACUGUGAGCGACGGCUUCGCUGGCCACUUGUUCGUCUGGGACUUUGUCAAAGAGAGCUGGGACAGGAUCAUAGAGAAGUUUCCAGUGGGGUCCUAUUCCAUCCAGAGCAUCGUCAAGUCCACCACCUCCCAGUUCUCUACUCAGACACACCUGGAGGAAGUCCAGGGUUUCUUCUCCAGUCUGAAGGAGCGGGGCUCUCGGAUGCGUAGCGUCCAGGAGGCUUUAGAGACCAUCAGACUGAACCAGCACUGGAUGGACAGGAACCUCGCAACACUUAGAGACUGGCUCUAACAUGGCCGCUGGGCAACUGUAGCCGUGUUGGCAUGGCAACAGCAGCUUUUGCACUGUCGUAGGGCUUGUCUCAGAUCUCAUAUUCCCCUUAUUGUUCCUACUUUUUAAAACUACUUUUCGCUAGGGGUGGGCACAGUUAAUCGAAUAUCCGGAUAUACGGACAGACUUGAGUGUUCAUUUUUGGAAGAAUCAAAAUUAGAAGCUUGUUUUUUUUAUCAAUGGAAAAAGCUUUGUCUAAAUUAAAUUAAGCAAGGCAACAGUAAACAUGUUGUCCCCCACAAAUUAUGCAGAAAUCUAAAUGGCAGAAAAUCCAUCAUGGCGGGUCUUAUUGUCUUUGUGAGGAGGGGAACCUCUGUACCGAAUGUCAUGACAUUAGGUCAAACGGGUGAGGGGCGUGACCUUUCAUAGUUUGAAAAUGCAAUCUUGUUAUAGCGCCACCAACUGGCCUUAACUGUAAUUUUGUAAAUGCUGUAUCUCUAUGGCAAUACGCAUUAUUCCCCCAAGUUUGGUCAAUCGGACCAGUGCUAUCUGAAAUAUUGGGCGUAAAGACAGAUCGGGGAGGACAAUUAUACUUGGGACAUUUUUACCUACAAGGAUAUACAGAUAACUGCCAAAAUAAAGUACACACCAACAUAAUGUCUUAAUAGGGCGUUGGGCCGCCAGAACGGCUUCAAUGCGCUUUGGCGUAGAUUCUACAAGUGUCUGGAACUCUAUUGGAGGGAAGCGACACCAUUCUUCCGUGAGAAAUUCUAUAAUUUGGGGUUUUGUUGAUGGUGGUGGAAAACACUUGUCUCAUGCAACGCUCCAGAAUCUCCCAUAAGUGUUCAAGAACGGGUGACUGAUCCACCCACCCACACUCUUUAAACCCCCUAUGCUGCUUUGACACCCCUCUUUCAAAGUAACAGAUAUCUUCUAGCCAUGGUGGGCAACUGGGCAUUUUUAUACAUGACCCUAAGCAUGAUGGGAUGUUAAAUGCUUAAUUAACCCAGGAACCACACCUGUUUGGAAGCACCUGCUUUUUAAUAUACUUUGAAUACCUCAUUUACUCAAGUGUUUCCUUUGUGUUGGCAGUUACCUAUACCAUGACAUAUGAAAUUCUUAAUUUAAUAAAACAACAUUUUGAAUGUAGCUAGUUUUUAUAACGGUGUGUUGCGCUACUGCUGCACAUUUAGGCCUCCAGGCUGCCCUGACAUCGGCAUGCUAGUUUUCCCAUUUCAAAUAGCGAUUUACAGGCACUCAUCUUACUGAGUUUUCACAAUACCUGACAGAUCAUUGAAAAACACUCGCCAGAAAACCUUUUUGUGACCGACUCGGUUCCAUCUUGGUGAAAAUCAGACUUGAUGUUAGCCAACCUCCUGGAGGACAGCAGCAUGUCCGCUGUUUACCUCUGCCAUGUGCAUUUCCGUCAUUCUGAUUGGUCGGCAGUCAAUAUCCGGAUAUCCGAAAAAGUAUCAUGAUAUAUUAUUUGAAUAGUAAAAUAAUUUCAAAGGCCCAUCCCUACUUUGCGCAAUGAUCAGAAGUAGUGCACUUUACUGUAUAGGGAACAUGGUGUUAUUUUUAGGCUUGUCCUAUGAGUUUAUUUAGCUCAGGGUGAACUCAAAUUCCUCUCUAUGCUGUCGAGCAAACUUCCCCUACAGCUUUCACCACGACACCAUGCCUGGAUAUAGCAGCCCGUCUCUCUUUCAAACUCGACGUGCUUCACAUUGUAUGGCGGUAACUCGCCCCUUCCGCCACAUAGUGUAUGUGUAGCAGCCACCUGAGAAAUAAGGAAAGGGAAUACAGGAAGAGAACAUGCUGUGUGUCAUCAACGCUGGCCACGUGUCAUCAGUAUGGGUCACCUGUGAAACUCAUGGUGCAGUGACUAACUGCUCUCUCAGACCCUGGCCCUGACACCAACCUCCUCAUGACUGUCCUACUGACUGUGAGCAGUGGGGGAGAUGGGAGAAUGUCUGUUGAAGGCCAGAGUUGGGCUACAGAGCUGAUACACAAUACUACCCAGGCUUCAGCCAGAACAUGUACGGCUACCAGUAACAUGUUGAAGGAACAUGAAAAUACCUUCUCACUGUUUAGAUGCUCCCAAAGUUCUACUGUACCACAUUUCCACCACUAGGUCUUUUAUUUAGACCUCAAGAAGUAUUGGUUGGAUAGUGGGAACGUUGCUGAAACGUUGUUUGAUGAAUCUUGAAGCAUCCCCCCCCCCAGCACUCCCUGUGAGCACUUCUUCUGUUGAUGUAACUUUAUUUGUUACAUUUUGACAGUUAAAGGAAAACUCCACCCAAGAUUGAUCUUUUGGUAUUUAUUUCAUUAGUCCAUUGUUGAUCUGGUCCCAAAACUGCUUUUCUACUUUUCCUUUGCAUAUGAGGCGAUCUGUGUACAGAAUAUUUCACUCUCACAAUGCUUGUAAAGAUGUCAUUAUUAUUACUCCUAUCUCUACCUUGCUUUUUGCAUGUCCUAUUUUGUGUGAGCAGAUCUCUCACUUGUUGUUUUAAUUUUGGUUUCUGUUGUGUGUGUGUGUGUAUAUAUAGUGUGUACAGUGUGAUACCACGUAGACAUAAGAGUCCCGAUCAAAUGGUUUUGUUUUUACUAAAUAAUGACUUAUAAUGUUGGCUCACUUCAAUGCCUCAUGUUGGAAUAUGGCAGGGUUUCCCAAACUCACCAAAAAGGUGAAUGUUGGUGAAUGUUGUGGUUAGUAUACAGGGUCGCCUGAUUAUGUCUGUCUUUUCCAUUAAAGGACUUGACAGUGAGGGACCCAACAGUGUUGCGUCUGUAGAGCUGGGUAGAGUCGUUUUCUAUGCCGUGUCUGUAGUCCAACAAAGUGUGGAUAAUCAGAAAGUAAUUUCACCAGUUUAAGUUCUGUGAUUGGUUAGCCUGGCUCAGUCAGGGCUAGGUUACGUUGUCUCGCUGUGUGUGAGGUUUAUGGUAUUCAGUUCUGUAUGGGAGCCUUGUUGUUGACGUUAUUGUUUCAGCCUCCCGGCUGGCUCUGUUAGAGUUCCCUGUAGGAACAGAUCUAGGGCCAGUUACCACCACCAAAGCCAAUGAAGACCCUGGAUCUGUGUUUAGGGGCAUCUUUGUGCUACCUCCUCUGCUACAGCAGCACUGGUCAACCACUGAAUGUCCUGAAGGAACUCUUCUAUUACAAAACAGCAUGACCAAUGACUGAGUGUCUAGCUAGGUCCUCUUCUAAUCUAAAGCCUCAGAUGUCUAUGUCUCUUGUUGGUACUGGCUCAUUCUGAAGGAGGAUUCCCUUCCCUGUCUCACUCUGAAUGUUAUGUCAUGUUGAAAACAUUGGAAAAACCAGGUCAUAUUGGUGGUUAUGAUAUUUAUUUUGUAUUUAACCCAUAUUUCACCAGGUAAGUUGACUGAGAACACGUUCUCAUUUACAGCAGGGACCUGGGGAAUAGUUACAGGGGAGAGGGGGGAUGAAUGAGCCAAUUGAUAGCACUAUGAAAUCAAAUAUGGUAGCUUUGGUACAGAAUUGUGAAUCAUAUUGUUGAUUUUUAGAUGUUAAUCAUUCACUCACUCACCAGAAAACAACAGCCCGUACUGUACCUCAGAGCUCAGGGAGAUAUGUUAGUAACUGUUAACUCUUCACUGAACCUACUGGCAUAAAGCCUACCUAACACUGCCACAAAGAUGACAUGUUAUAUAACCAGUCAUCAUUACAGCUGAUGCAAUCUCAUGAAAAUGGCCUUUUCCACUACCAUAACUCAAACUAUUAUUUAGGUUUGUUAGAUUUUAUAUCAAGUUAAUUAGCCAAAGCCUACAUAAUGACUGUUUGUUUUCUAUGUCAGUCUUACGACAGUGUUAUAAUGCCUUAUGACAGACGGUUUAGGUGAAGUGUAUAAAGACCCAGAUGGAGGUGGCAUGUCUCUAGAUUAGAUUAUGAUUCUAUGUUAGUGUAUUCCUAUGCCAAGCUCACCUUGAGAUUGUUGCUCAUCAUUUUAAACUUUUUUUUGCACUGGGGUUGAAUGAUGGUGAAAAAUGUAAGGCUCUUCAUGCCAUGAAAAAAAAAUUAUAUAUAUAUAUGAAUAAAAUUGUUUUCAUGACUUUCA